AUGCCGGGAUUUAGGGUUCUUGGGGCGAGUUACGUCCAGCGCAGGGGGAUUUCCAAGUGGUUCCGUGCGCAGUGGUGCGAUGUCCGCCUGGCCUGCGGUGGCCUCCCUCCCACACAAGUCCCAGUGGCCGCCAUUCGCAAUCCCGAGAUCAUCCGCAACUCUCCUCGCCGGGAUGCGCUUCACGAGCGGCGGCUUCGCGGCCAUGACGAUGAGUGCCGCGCCGAGUAUCUCGCCGCCAAGCGGAUCUCCGGGGUGGGAUUCCAGCACCACGGCUUCGAUUGCAGCAUCGACGACGUGCGCUGGAUCGGCGAUGGCCAGCAAUCCGUGUCGCUCAUCUGGGAUCUCCACAACAAGCCCGAAGGGAUGGAUCCCUACGCCGCCGCGAAGAGGGUGGUCGAGAUCGCCAGUGUGUUUGGGGGCGUGGUGGAGAGGACGGCGUACGCGAGCCGCCGGAUGCUGUGCUUCCUCCCGCUCUUCACGCGCGAGUAUAACAAGGUGAGAGACUUCGAGGUGGUGGACGGAGAGGUGGUGGAGAGGAAUCUCUCGUGCCCGCUUUGCGGCGAUGGUGAAGCUCGAGCGCCGCACUGGGCGAAUCUGGUGAAGCACUUCCGGCUCAAGCACGAGAGGACCAGGACCAAGAUGAUCUAUCGGAUGCAUCUGGCGUCCGGGGAGGAGAAGAAGUCGUGGAGGAAGAUCUUGCUCCAUCAGGAGGCCAAGUAUCAGCGCGCUGCUAGAGCUGUGUUGACGCCUCGGGUGCUCUUGCCGGAUGGAUUGCCGCUCGCGCUGAUCAAGGCCGGGUACUUUGUGAAGCAGAUGCCUGAUAAGCCCGCCAAGGCACCGGACAUGGCUGUUUGGUCUCACAUCCUACAGGUAGCCAACCUCGGGAUCAGCUGCAUCUGCCUCGUCUGCGACAACGUAAACUACACCGGCGCAAUGGAGUUCGCGCGGCGGCAGAACGUCCACACGGUCCUCAUCGGCAUCGGCGCGAGGCAGAAGAUAAAAGAGAAAGCCAACCUCUACUUCUCGUGGGAGGAGGUGGUAACGGGCAAAGCCCUGGCCAUGGCCGAGCAAGCCGCCGCGAGCUGGGCCGCCAAGCAGACCGAACCAGGCAAGUCCAAGUCAAAGAAGAAAAAAAAGGAGCCUUUCGCAGUCCAGGAGGACGACAUGUUCUUCGAGUACUACGAGAAUUUGUACCCCUCCUCCUCCGGCUCGUCGGAGUUCGAGUGGAGCGAUUCGGACGAGUCCGAGUGAUCCGUGCUGUCAAAAUCUUCUCACGAGGUAAAUGAGGGGUCUUUGUUUCCUUCAUUUGGAGUAACAUCGGUUGAAAGUUUGCGAGGAACUUAGCAGGCUUUGAUCUGCUUGUAGUGAGGCGAUUCGUGCUAUCAAAAUCUUCUCGCGAGGUAAAUGGAAAUCUUUGCUUCUUUCAUUUGGAAGUAACAACGAUCAUUGUAAGUUUGCGAGGAACUUAGCAGGCUUUGAUCUGCUUGUAGUGGCUGGGUCGACCAUCUGGGAAUUUCACAAGCUCCAUCGUGUA